AUAGUUGCAAUUGUUGUUCCUUCGUGCAGUGUCGACAAGGCGCGUACAUGUUCGGCAAAAAGUUGAAAAACUCGUCGACUGAGAUUUCGAAAUCUCAGGAAUUAGUAAGUUUCGUUUGGCGGAGACUUCUAGUUCUUGGUUCGACAUUUGGAAUCGCUCUACUUUUGUUCUGGUCGUGCUACAUAUUUUUCAAUAUGUUAAACUACAAGAUUACGGAUACCUUUCCUAAAAGAACAACAAAUUACACGCAUAUUGAAAAAUGGUCGGAAUUUCAACAAUCUUUGGAUGGAGAGGUCGAGGAAAGGAAAGUAUUGGCGAGCUCGUAUUGCCAGAUUCAAUCGUGCGACACGAUAAUUUGCACGUCCAUCCCGAGAGACGCUAAUAUCGAAAAAGUGGUGUCAACCUAUAUUGAGAAUGAUUUUAAGGCAAACUGCAAGAACGCGAGAUCCGUGAAAUUGUCGAUGAAAGAUUGCGAAUUCUCGGACAACACGCUUCGAAAGAAUUGGCUGAACACCAGCUUGUCGAUCGAUGAGUUGACGUUGAACCGAUGCUCCCUCAAGGAAAUAGAGGACGACGCGUUUGCCUCGCCCAUUUACGAAAAAACGAGCAAGAUCAUCAUCGCGAACAACAAGAUCUCCUCUUUGCGCAAGGCGAUGUUUCGUCACCUCGAAGAAUUGCAAGAGCUGAGCAUACAAGAGAACACGGUCAAGUCGGCCGAAUUUAAUCUGCUCGAGGAGGUCGCGGGUUCUUUGACCAAUCUGGAACUCUGCCAAGCCAUCAACGAUCGAGAAGUGCUUAAGAACAUAACGGGGGCGGGCGAGUUGUUCAAGUUGAAAUUGUUAUCGUUGUACGGAAACGUUAUAUCAACCGUCGACGAGAAAUUGUUCGCGGGGGUGUCGAGAAUCGAGGCGCUCUACCUGCACGACUCGAACGUCGCCACGGUGUCCCGUGACGCCUUGAAACCGAUAGCUUCGUCCGUACUGCUCUUGACAUUGAACAGAAACAGGAUAACGUCAUUGCCAGAGGGGGUGUUGGAUUCGGUGAUCAGCCCCGCUAAACAUUUCCACGUAUACGUGCAAGACAAUCCUUGGCACUGCGAUUGCAACUUGAAAUGGAUGCAAGAUUUCGUGGAGGAUCACUCGGGCUUGAUAGACAAUCCAACUUGCAACACGCCACCGAUGAACGCUGGAAAAUCAUUCGCUGUGGCGAAUUUCUCUUGCGACCAGUCGUCGUCCAUUGCCACCAUCCCUGCCACGAUAUCGAAUACCUCGCCACGAUCAUCUAGCGAACACGCCACGAAUCGAAAUAACCUCACUUCGACCCCUCGAAUAUCUACCACCACCAGCGAGAACAACAACGACAAAAUGAUCCGUGUCACUUGCAACGCAACCGACACGUCCCUACAAACUUACAACUCGCGCAAGUUGCGUUCGACGGCAGCGGACGUUCAACUCCACCCCCGAUUUCCCAAUUUCUACGUCUCCAAGAUCCUAGACACCAGCAUACUGGUGAACCUUCCCAAUCUCACCCAAUCUGUCACUCUGCUCUGGUUCGACAACGGUAACGUGUACAACACCGUCAGAUGCGCGAGAAAUGCGAAACGGUCUUAUCUCGUGGAGGAUAUCGAUCCGCAGACGUCGUACACGAUCUGUUUGCUCGACGAUAACGGGAUAUUUAUAUCCCCGUUGAAUUGCUUGGCCGUAACUUCGAGGCCCGUUUACGAGGCCAGGACCUGGUUGACGAACGCCGACAAAACUCUGGUCCUCUCGUUAUUGAUCGCUUCGCUUCUCCUCCUCUUCUUCGUGGGCGGUUUCCUCUCGUUUCUGCUCAUUAGGCGGCACCCGACGUUGCUUCGUGGCAGCAAACGCGUGAUGCUGGUCAAACGUUGGAACUUGGACGCCAUCGUGCUUCCCAAAGGUGUGGACGCGAACGAGAAGUGGAGGAGGCGGCGCUCGUACGUCGCCAAGUCGCACGAGGAUGGAUACGUGACCCCGUUGCCCCCGGUUAGGAUCUCUCGACAUCUGGGAUCGAGAUCGAGAAGGAGCUCGCAGAGCGAUAGAAAUAGUUACGUGUCGCCGAUGGAGACGAUCGAGACGCAAUCGGGUUUGUGGGGGCUGGAGAAACGGAGAUCGAUCGCUCCUCCAGUCCCCCCCCAUCCUUCCCGCGCGAUCAUUCCAUCCGUUUCGCGACCCGAUUCCAAAUACGAGCGUGGCUGCGAAGUGUUCACGAUCUAAUUUAAUUUUCGCGAUACUCGAUACUUAUUAUUGGACCGCGACCUGUUUUACAAGAAUUAAACGAUGAUCUCGUAUCUCUCGUUUACUUCUGGGCUUCUUUACACGUUGCGCGCGUUUCGCAAGUGUGCGACGCUUCAGCGCUUCUCAACGUGCAACGUUUCAACGUUUAAUUUUGCUAUUAUCAUUAUUAUUAUUAUUAUUAUUGGAGAAGAUACAAUAAAAAGCUUUGUUGAAAACGUAUGAUAGAAUUACAAUAAUGUAAUCAGAGAUGGGGAAUAUAAAGAAAUAGUUAUUUUUCGAAAGUUUGAGCAGAAACAAAGAAAUUCGUUUCUUAUAUCGAAGUAUAAUUUUCCACGUAUAAAAUACGCAAUAAACGAUCCAUCGAUGAUGCACACUCGAUGUCGACACGAUCGAAGAAAAAUGACCGAUCUCGUUAGUUGAGAAACGCUAACCCGGCCCUCGUUCUCGCCUCGUCGGAUCGACUUUCGUUAAAUCUGGCGGACAGCCCAAAGAUACGCGUGUCAAUGUCAAUAUUUCAACGAUCCCCUAUUAUAACCGGAAUGAAAGAGAGGUUGCUCUCGAUCGAUGAAAAUAAAAAAAAGAAAAAAAAGGAAAGAAAAAUUUGAAUCGAUUCGUACGAUUUUCCUCCUGUAUCGUUCCCGUUUGUUGCAAAAUUGCAAAAUUGCCCGACCACAAUGGCCGAUUAUUAUCAUUGGCCGUGUCUGCCGUUUUAUUUUUGACGAUUAGGUCAGUAGUUCGUAGCCGGUGGAUCGUCGAAGGCUCCCGAUCUGAUUGGCCGAAGGAGGUCGGUCAAGAUUCGGUCCGUUCGGGUUCUCUUUUCUGAGAAGCGGGUGCCAGCCAGCCGAGCUUUUUUACACGCUCGCGGGGCUGGCAAUCCACUGCAAUCACUCUAAAAGGACGCAAUGCCAAUAUCAAACCGCUGUAUUGGAUCGACUGGCUCGCAAUCGGUAUAAUCGUUUGCGUUGCUCGCCCACCGUGGAAAUGACCGGUGCUAUACGCAACACCGCGUCAUCGGCUUUCUACGGCCCCUGCCAAUCGCAGUUCCGGAUUCGCGUGAGCUUGACAUUGCCAAAUGAUGUAACGAAGUGGCUCCGUUUCCCUCACCUUUGCGGCGAAACGGCCUCGCGAAGUUGGGAUGAAUCAUCGCCGGGCGAAAUUUAUCUAUUUCGAUUGUCCUCAAUUUCGAUUUCCUCGCUUCACUUCGUUAAAAGGGCCAAUAGAUGGAUUAUGGUUGUGAAGAACGAUGAAUUUCGAUCGAACGAAUGAAUUUUUUGAAUUAUUAUUCUUUUCGGAUAUUUUUUUGGUAAUAAAAAUAUACGUUUGAUUCGUUGAAUUCA